AACUAGGCGCAGACAUUGUUGUACAUUCUGUCACCAAGUACAUAAAUGGUCAUUCUGACGUGAUAAUGGGUGUAGCUGUGAUGAAUGACAAAGAAAUAUCUGACAAACUUAAAUUUUUACAAAAUGCUAUGGGUGCUAGUAGUGAUAAAGUUGAGGAGGUUACAUAUUCUGAGUUGGAAAGUGAUCCGCAACAUGAUUUAGCAAAGAAACAAUCAAAAGGAUUUGGAGAAAUGUUAAGUUUUAAAAUCAAAGGAGGUUUUGAAGUUGCUGAUACCUUUUUACAGAAUAUCAAAAUAUUCACAUUGGCUGAAUCAUUGGAUGGUGUAGAAAGUUUGACAGAACAUCCCGUAAAUGACAAAUGCGUCUCUCACCCCAGCACACCGAGAAGCUGUCGGUGUUACUGA